CUCCAUAAACCCUUUUUUAUUUUAUUUUAAAAAACUAUAUAUGAUGAAAAUUACAAGUUUUUACAAUUUAUUUUCCGCAUUGCUUCCCCUCUUUUGCCUUCUCUCCACCGCUGUCGUUUCCUCCUCUUCGUCAGUCCCCGAUCCUGAGCUCGUCGUGCAAGAGGUACACAGGAAGCUAAACGAGUCGAUAGCGAGGAGGAAUUUAGGGUUCUUCUCUUGCAGGACCGGUAAUCCGAUCGACGACUGUUGGAGAUGCGAUCCGGAAUGGGAGAAAAACCGACAAAGAUUAGCAGAUUGCGCGAUAGGGUUCGGGAAAAAUGCUAUCGGCGGUCGGGAUGGAAAAUUAUACGUGGUCACCGACCCUAGCGACAGUGAUCCGGUGAACCCUAAACCCGGAACCCUAAGAUAUGCGGUAAUCCAGGACGAACCGUUAUGGAUCAUAUUCAACCGAGACAUGACGAUACAGCUAAAAGAAGAGCUCAUGAUGAACUCGUUCAAGACGAUAGACGGCCGGGGAGCGUCCGUACACAUAGCCGGAGGACCUUGCAUAACCAUACAAUACGUCACGAACGUAAUAAUCCACGGCGUGCACAUACACGACUGCAAGCAAGGAGGGAACGCUAUGGUGCGGGACUCCCCGCGGCACUACGGGUGGAGAACGGUGUCGGACGGCGACGGCGUCUCGAUCUUCGGCGGAAGCCACGUGUGGGUCGAUCAUUGCUCGCUUUCGAACUGUAACGACGGCUUGAUCGACGCGAUAAGGGGAUCGACGGCCAUAACGAUUUCGAACAAUCACAUGACGCACCAUAACAAGGUGAUGCUGCUCGGGCAUAGUGACACGUAUGCACAAGACAAGAACAUGCAAGUGACCAUUGCGUUUAACCAUUUCGGUGAAGGGCUCGUCCAAAGAAUGCCGAGGUGUAGACAUGGAUAUUUCCAUGUGGUGAACAAUGACUAUACACAUUGGGAAAUGUAUGCGAUUGGAGGAAGUGCCGCCCCUACCAUCAACAGUCAAGCCAAUCGCUUUCUUGCCCCUAAUAUCGCCUUUAGCAAAGAGGUAACCAAACACGAAGAUGCACCGGAAAACGAAUGGAAGAACUGGAACUGGCGGUCCGAAGGAGAUCUAUUUCUCAACGGAGCGUUCUUCAGGGCCUCGGGUAAAGACGUGUCGUCGAGCUACUCAAAGGCUUCGAGCCUCUCGGCGCAACCGUCGUCACGCGUCGGAGACAUAACUACGACCGCCGGUGCUCUCAACUGCAAGAAGGGCUCUAGCUGUUGAUGAUGGUGAUGAUGUUUUUCCCCAUGUCCAUGUAUAUAUGUAUGUAUAUAUAUAUAAUAUGUACAUAUGGAAGAAAAACAUAUUAUGCCAUUCGGAGAUUCUUUUCAAAAGUUGUAAGAAUCUUGUUCGGCUGUUCCUUGGUGGAAGAUCGAAUAAUCAAUUAUUACAAAUUACCUUGUUAAACGCUUGGAUCUUCGAUUCUUCGUUAAUAAUAUUAAUGUAUACUUUCUUGUCAAUUUUA